AUGUCUCCCACAAACGCCGAGUAUGCGCUCUCCGAGUCGCACAAGGAGAUGCUCGAGAAGUCUCUCCUUGACUCAGACCCUGAGGUCGCCUCUAUCAUGAAGGAUGAGAUCCAGCGCCAGCGCGAGUCCAUCGUCCUCAUCGCCUCCGAGAACAUCACCUCCCGUGCCGUCUUCGAUGCCCUUGGUUCCCCCAUGUCCAACAAGUACUCUGAGGGUUACCCCGGUGCUCGUUACUAUGGUGGCAACCAGCACAUCGACCAGAUCGAGCUUCUCUGCCAGCGUCGUGCCCUCGAGGCCUUCCACCUCGACUCUGAGAAGUGGGGUGUCAACGUGCAGUGCCUUUCUGGAUCUCCCGCCAACCUCCAGGUCUACCAGGCUAUCAUGCCUCCCCACGGCCGUCUCAUGGGUCUUGACCUUCCCCACGGUGGCCAUCUUAGCCACGGUUACCAGACCCCCGCCAGGAAGAUCUCUGCUGUCUCUACUUACUUCGAGACUAUGCCCUACCGUGUCGACCUUGACACCGGUAUCAUUGACUAUGACACCCUCCAGAAGAACGCUAUCCUCUACCGCCCUAAGGUCCUGGUUGCUGGUACCUCUGCCUACUGCCGUCUCAUCGACUACGAGCGCAUGCGCAAGAUUGCCGACUCCGUCGGUGCUUACCUCGUUGUCGAUAUGGCUCACAUCUCUGGUCUUAUUGCUGCUGAGGUUAUCCCUACCCCCUUUAAGUACGCCGAUAUCGUCACAACCACUACCCACAAGUCCCUCCGUGGUCCCCGUGGUGCUAUGAUCUUCUUCCGCAAGGGUGUCCGCUCUGUCGAUGCCAAGACCGGCAAGGAGACCCUCUACGACCUGGAGAACCCCAUCAACUUCUCCGUUUUCCCUGGUCACCAGGGUGGCCCUCACAACCACACAAUCACUGCCCUGGCUGUUGCUCUGAAGCAGGCUGUCAGCCCCGAUUUCAAGGCCUACCAGGAGAAGGUUGUUUCCAACGCCAAGACCCUGGAGAACACCUUCAAGGCCCUCGGCCACAAGCUCGUCUCUGAUGGCACUGACAGCCACAUGGUCCUCAUUGACCUUCGUCAGCACAACCUUGACGGUGCCCGUGUUGAGGCUGUCCUUGAACAGAUCAACAUUGCUUGCAACAAGAACUCUAUCCCCGGUGACAAGUCCGCCCUUACCCCUUGCGGUAUCCGUAUCGGUACUCCCGCCAUGACUUCUCGUGGUUUCGGCGAGAAGGAGUUCGAGCGUGUCGCCAAGUACAUUGACGAGGCCAUCAAGAUCUGCAAGGAGGAGCAGGCUGCUCUCCCCAAGGAGGCCAACAAGCUCAAGGACUUCAAGGCCCGCGUUGCCAGCGGCGAGGUCCAGAAGAUCAACGACUACCGAAAGGAGAUUGCUUCUUGGUGCAAUGCCUUCCCUCUCCCCGUUGAGGGUUGGCGUCUGGACGCCAGCAUCUAA